AUGGAAGGCAAGGUGAUUUUAAGGAGCUCAGACAAUGAUGUAUUCGAAAUAGACGAGGUUGUGGCCAUGGAGUCGGAAGUGAUAAAGCGUUUGAUAGAGCAUACAGAGGACAAAUCAGUUAUACCACUGAAAUAUGUUUCCAGUAAAAUAUUGGCCUUGGUAAUCGAAUUCUGCAAACAUCACAUAGACGCUCAAAAUUCAGGCGAAUCGACUGAAGCUGUGAAGAAAUGGGAUGAAGAGUUUGUAGCUCUUGAUUGGGAAACCCUUCUCGAAUUGAGAAGUGUUGCUCAUUAUCUCAUAAUAAAGGAUCUUUUUCGAUUAACAUGUAAAACUAUACUUGAGUAUCCAACGCUUGACCAAUUAUUUCACACAGAUCCAAAUCGUCCUAGGAAGAGAAGGAAGCAACGAAAAGGAGACUUCGAUUAUGUCCUUUCCUUGAUCAGACAUGUUCAAGAAAGAGUAGGAAACGAAGAAAAGGAGACUUAA